GCAGUUUGACAGCUCCGGACCAAAACGUCACUUUUGAAGGCGCACACGGUUGAAGCAGAAGCGCAGAAAUCAACUAUUACGCAUUUAAAACUAACCACGAAGCUCUGAAACAGCAGCAAGUGGUAGAAACUGAAUUUACAUUUGACGAAAUUCGUACCUGUACUAGCUAAGUACUAUCAUCGCUCGUGGGUGUUCUGAAUCGAUUUGUUUUCAUUAUAAUUCAUGCGCUAGCUACCUUGACGGUUUUGCCACGUUGUGAUUUUACAUAAAAUCCAGAUAAUUUAUGUAAAUCUUUAGUUUUGAGGGGUUGAGAUAUCAGCCCCCGUGUGUUGUAGCAGAUGUCUCGGUCGGAGAAGUCAAAAGGAAGAAGGACAAAAAGGCCAAAAUUAGACUGGAGGUUUGUUCAGAGGUUCUGUGGCAUCCAGAAGGUCCUGUUCCCAUCAUGGAGCAGCCAGAGUGUCCUGAUGUUUGGGACUCUACUUGGUGUGACUCUGACGGAGCAGCUGAUCAUUUACCAAGUGGGCAUCCUCCCCAGUCAUUUCUACAACGUGCUGGCAGACAAAGAUGACUCUGGCUUCAGGAGUCUGGUGGGAACAGCUGUCGUGCUGAUUUUACUCAACUCAACACUGAAAAGUCUGGACCAGUACAUUUGUAAUCAGAUGUAUGUCAGCUGGAGGAGAACACUGACGGAGAGCCUCCACUUGUCCUACUUCCAGGGCCGAGUUUAUUACAUACUCAACGUGCUCCGAGAGGACAUCGAUAACCCAGACCAGCGGAUCAGUCAGGAUGUAGAGCGGUUGUGUAAGCAGAUGAGCACCAUGGCUAGUCGCCUGAUCAUCUCACCAUUCACCAUUUCUUACUACACCUACCAGUGCUUUCACAGCACUGGCUGGAUCGGUCCUGUGAGUAUUUUUGGGUACUUUGUUGUUGGAACUAUCGCCAAUAAAAUCCUCAUGGGUCCGAUUGUGUCGACCCUGUUUGAGCAGGAAAAACUGGAGGGGGACUUCAGAUUUAAGCACAUGCAAGUCCGUGUCAAUGCAGAGUCUGCAGCUUUCUACAGAGCUGGAAUAGUGGAACACAUGAGAACGGACCGAAGACUUCAGGCACUGCUUCAAACUCAGAAGAGUCUCAUCAACAAAGAGCUGUGGCUUUAUAUUGGGGUGAACACCUUUGAUUACCUCGGAGGUUUCCUCAGCUACAUCAUAAUCGCCAUUCCUAUCUUCACCGGUAUUUAUGACGGUCUCACUGCUGGUGAACUUAGUGCACUGAUCAGUAAGAACGCCUUUGUGUGCAUCUACUUGAUAAAUGGCUUCACACAGCUAAUAGACCUGUCAACUACUCUGUCAGACGUGGCUGGAUACACCCACAGGAUUGGAGAGCUGAUGGAGGUGAUGGAUGACAUCCUACGGAUGCAGUGCGACUACGACCCCGCAUCAGGGGAGAGCUACGACUUUGACAGUGACUUUAAUGUCCACGCGGGCCCUGUCGACACGGCCUUCAUUCUGGACCAUUUGUCCUACAAGUCUCCGUUCUCGGACCAGCUGCUAGUGGAAGACCUGAGCCUAAAAAUCAGUCAGGGCACUCACCUGCUGGUGGUGGGGAACACGGGCACUGGAAAAACAUCACUACUGCGGGUCCUCAACCGCCUCUGGGAAGCACAGAGCGGUUUCAUACAGAUGACCACGUGCUUCGGGCCCAGAGGAACCCUCUUCCUGCCGCAGAAACCCUACAUGACCGACGGGACUCUACGCGAACAGGUUAUCUACCCACUGAAGGAUAUUUACCCUGCAUCAGGGUCAGUGGAUGAUGACAGGAUUAUACGGUUCCUGGAACUUGCUGGAGUGUCCAGCCUCCUGAAGCGGACCGGUGGGCUGGAUGAGAAGGUGGACUGGAACUGGUACGACGUUCUGUCUCCAGGUGAAAUGCAGCGUCUCUCCUUUGCACGACUCUUCUACCUGCAGCCAAAAUAUGCCAUUUUAGACGAAGCCACCAGUGCUUUGACUGAGGAAGUGGAGGCACAGCUGUACCGGACGUGUAAACAGCUGGGCAUGACUUUGGUCAGUCUGGGACACCGUAGCAGCCUGGAAAAGUACCACGAUGUUCAGCUGAAGCUGUGUGGAGGUGGCCGAUGGGAGUUAAUCAAGUUAAAAGGAGCCGGUGGGACCCUCAGUAUCAGAGAAGAACCGACGUGAUCACACCGAUGCAAGGAAACGUCAGCGUGGGAAACGAGAGCAGAAACACUCUUAGUUUGUAUCGCUCCAGUGCUCCCAGUCACGGUGCCAUCAGUCCAGUUUGGCAGCCUCAGGGAAAAAUGCACCUUCAAUUUUUAUGUUCUGACUAAACUGUUAAUUGGUAAAGUGGAAAUUUAAUUAUUUUUAACUAUUAAACUAACCUCCCCCCCAAAAAGGACAAAAAACCAGCAAACUGUACUUUUAAAAAGUCCUUUAUUUUGAAAUUUUCUUUUUUGCACAGUGUGGUGUUAUUGCAGCUGUUUGAGCAAAUUCUGAUAAAAAAAAAUGCAAUGAUCUAAUGGGAAAUACAACUUUAAAGUGUUUUACAGUCUAACGAGCUGAUUACUUCAUUUCAUAAAACAAUCAUAAAUAUGAUAAAAUCUAUGUUUGGUCAUCCAAAUCUCCUUUUAAGGCACAAAUUAGAUUUAUAUUUUAAACUGGAAUGUUUUUACCCACGUUUGUUCCCAAACUCAUCUUUUACUCAGGAGCUUUUCGUGUCCUUCAAGAAUCUCCUGAACGGCAGCGGGAUCAUCCAGAGUGCUGAGGUCUCCCAAACCUUCCAGGUCGCACUCCACAACUUUCCUCAGCACCCUGCGCAUGAUCUUCCCCGAGCGCGUCUUCGGAAGGCGUUUCACAAUCUGCGGCACAAAUCAAGUUACUGAGCGAAGUCGGUUUUAAAUUCUCGUUAAUAAUCGGAACGCUGAUACCUGAAUGAAGUCCGGAGACGCGUACUUGGCGAUUUUUUCAGACACAAUGUUGCUGAGCUGUUUGACCAAAUCUGCCUCCUGAACCUCCACGCCCUUUUUGAGCACCACGAAGGCAUACACACCUGAUAAAUGAAGAGGCCUGUUGACUGUGUUUGUACACUGAAAAAACAAACAUGUUUACUAUAAAAGAAGAGCGUUAUUUACCUUGUCCUUUGAUGUUAUGAGAGUAUCCGAUGACGGCGGACUCAGCCACCAAAGAACACUGAUUCUGUCAAAGACGUCACAAUCAAAGUGUCGAGCAUGUUUUAUGGGUUACGGUGAAGCCAUUAGUGAAAAUUUGGUUAAAUGAUAACAAAUUUAAAUACUGAAUGAAAUUUAAGCUGUAAAUUGUUGAUUUUGAAAUAAAUGAUUAACCGUG